AUGGACAAUCUUUUGGCACAGAGUCUUGAUGGAGACGCAUUAUCAGUGAUUGAGAAUCCAGUGGCUGUCAGGCAUCCUCUUCCAUCGGAGAAAACAGCGGGAGACGCAGCAACCAAGGGAGUGCAGGGCUGGUUUAAAGGGAUUCAUACGACAACUCACGCUCACAGGCUGCUGAGGCUGCUGGCAGCUGUGUGUGCAGUUGGACUCCUGGGAGGCUUGGCUGUAGGUGUCUGGUUUCUAGUGAAAUUCCUGCUGAGGCCCUCUUACUCACAAAGUCCAGUGGGACUCGGUGACACAAAAGAGACGCCUUUCUGCAAUGUGACAGAAGAUAUUUCCAUCUCAGACCCAAGAAAAGUGUUUUACAGAAUCAGCCCGGAGAAUUCCCUCCUGGAGAUCCAGCUGGGGAAGCUGCCCACCUGGCUGCCUGUUUGCUAUGAGAGGUGGAACUCCUCACUGGGGACCCUGGUCUGCAGACAGCUGGGUUAUCUGAGACUGACCAAGCAUAAAGGAGUGAAUCUCACUGAUAUCGGGCCAAACUACACUAAUGGCUUUAUACAAAUUACCUCAGAACACAAGAGCAAUCUGGAAAAUAUGUGGCAACUCAGGGGGAGCUGUAUCACAGGGAAGGUUAUCGCUUUGCAGUGUUUUGAGUGUGGGACACGUGCAAAGCUGCCCAGGAUAAUCGGGGGAGUGGAGGCCACGCUGGGCAGGUGGCCAUGGCAGGUCAGCCUGUACUACAGCAACCGUCACACCUGCGGAGGCUCCAUCAUCACCAGUCAAUGGGUAGUCACAGCUGCCCAUUGUGUGCACAACUACAGGCUACCGCAGGUGUCCAGCUGGGUGGUCUACGCCGGUAUCGUCACACGCAGCUCAGCUAAAAUGGCCCAGCAUACAGGAUACACCGUGGAAAAGAUCAUCUAUAACAAAAACUACAACCACAGGACCCAUGACAAUGACAUCGCCCUGAUCAAACUACAGACACCACUGAAUUUCUCAGAUACAAUCAGGCCCGUGUGCCUGCCUCAAUAUGACUCUGACCUUCCAGGAGGUACACAGUGCUGGAUCUCAGGAUGGGGAUACACACAGCCUGAGGGUGUUCAUUCACCUGACACCCUGAAAGAAGCUCCUGUUCCCAUAAUAAGCACUAAGAAAUGUAACAGCUCCUGCAUGUACAAUGGAGAGAUCACACCCCGCAUGCUUUGUGCAGGAUACACAGAGGGAAAAGUAGAUGCAUGUCAGGGGGACAGUGGGGGUCCUCUGGUCUGCCAGGAUGAAAAUGUGUGGAGGUUGGUAGGGGUCGUGAGCUGGGGGACUGGCUGUGCAGAGCCAAACCAUCCUGGAGUUUACACCAAAGUGACCGAAUUCUUAGGAUGGAUCUACGACAUGAUUGAGGUAGACAGACCUUAA